CCUCCUCCAUGUUCUUCUACUAUCCGCAGACGGAGCUGCUCUGCCUGCCAUACCCGCCCACCCAAGCACACAGACAACAGACCCCUCCCCCUCACCCACCACUCCUCCCUCCCCCGACUUCGCGUUCACGGAGCGGGCGUCGCGGUUAGUCCGCCGGAGCAGCGGCGGCGGCGGCAGGGACGCCACAAUGCUGGGCGCCAGGAGCAAAUCUGGUCUGGCCGACGCCAAGGGCGACGGCAAGCCGGAGGGGAAGGUCGGCGGCAAGCCGAGCGGCAAGCCGGAGGCCAAGAGCAACGGCAAGGGCACGCCACCGACACCCAGGGGCGAGACGCCGCCGACACCCAAGGGCGACAGGCCGAGGAAGCCGGCGGUCCCCAAGGCGAAUGCCGCCCAUGGCACGCCGCCGAGCGCGCCGCGUACGGCCGACAAGUCUCCCAGGUCGGCCGACCGCAAGUCGCCCAAGGGCGCCACCCGGAUCACCACCACCACCCCUCCUCCUCCCGAGAAGCAGGGGAAGGCCGGAAAGCCGUCUCCGGAGCCGCAGGCCGCGAAGCCGUCCCAGGAGCUGCAGGCGCAGCUUGAUGCCGUCCAGGAGGCGCUCAAGAAGGCCAUGGGACAGUUGGUGGAGAAGGAGGAGGAGAAGGGCAAGGUUCUGGAGGAGCUCGAGUGCGCCAAGAAGGUUGCCGAUGAGGCCAAUGCGAAGCUCAAGGAGGCGCUCGAUGUGCAGAGCAGGGCCGUGGAGAUCGAGAAGGUCCGUUCCAUGGAACCAGAGCAGCAGUUGAGCAAUGAUGAUUCUACGCACCGCGAGGAAGACGAGCUGCGGAGGAAGCUGAAGAGCAUGCAGAGCCAGCAGGAGGCCGACGCCUCCGCUCUGCAUUCCACGGUGGAGCAGCUUGAGAAAGCAAGGUAUGAGCUGGCAGAUGCAAUUGAUGCCAAGAACUGGGCGCUUAGCCAGGCAGAUGAUGCCAUGAGGGCUUGCGAGGUGAACACUCAGAAAAUCGAGCUCCUCAAUGCGGAGGUGGAGCGUCUCAAAGGGCUGCUUGAUUCUGAGGUGGAGAGCAAGUCGAGGGAAGCUGCUGACAAGAUCGGGAAGCUUGAGGCAGAGAAUUCUGUGUUGAAGCUUGAAUUGGAGAAAGCAAAGGUAGCUGAGAAGAAGGUGAUUGAACUGGAGGGUGUGGUUGAACAGCUUAGAGCUGAUGUUGCUAAUGCCAAGAAGGAAUGCUCAAAAUCAGAAGAGCUAGCUGAUCAACUCAAGAAGAAGGUGCAGCUGUUGGAGUUCCAGUUGGACGAAGCCGAUGAGUCUCUCAUUUUGAAAGGCAAGUCAUUGGAUUCAGUGAUGGAAGAAUUGGAUGAAACAAGCACUUUGCUUAAAGACAAAGAAUCUGAAGCUGCUAUGCUUCAUGACAACGUCAGAUCCUUGGAGGAUGAGGUGACUAGGCUCAAGGAAGAAAUUGACGUGACAAAUGAACGUCUUGAUGCUGCAGAGAAAGACACGGCUGACCUAAUUGCGGAGGUCGAAGAGCUAAGGUUGAAGCUACAGACAGUAGAAGAGGAGAAAACAGAGGCACUGAACAAUGACCAGCUUGCAAGUUCAGAAAUCGCGGCCCUGACUGAACAAAAGAACGAGCUAGCCAAGGAGCUAGAAGCUAGCAAAGAUGAAGUUGAGAAGGUUAAGAAGGCAAUGGAGGGUCUGGCAUCUGCCUUGCACGAGAUGUCAGCUGAGUCGAGAGAGGCGCAGGAGAAAUACCUCAUCAAGCAGGAAGAGAUUGAGCGCGCUCGGGCACAAAUAGAGGAACUCAAUAAUAGUCUGCAAAAUGCCAAGGAGAGCUAUGAGGUGAUGCUUGAUGAAGUAAACUAUGAGAAAGUUUGCCUCAAGAAGUCUGUUGAAAGAAUGGAGGCAGAAGCUAAGAACGUUUCUGAGGAAUGGCAGUCAAAAGAGCUAAGUUUUGUCAACUCUAUUAGGAAGUCGGAAGAAGAGAUCGUCGCUGUCAAAGCUCAAAUGGACAAGUACUUGGCCGUGGUGAAUGAAAAAGAAGCUGAAAAUACCGAGCUGCUGGAAAAGAUGAAUCAUCUUGAGGCUCAGCUAGUUGAAGCCAACAAGGCUAGCGAGGAAGCCAAGGCUGAGACCCGCCAACUGAAGGACAAACUAUUAGACAAAGAGAACGAAUUGCAGAACAUACAAGAGGAGAAUGAGGACUUGCAGGCAAAGGAAUCAGCUGCUUCAGAGAAGAUAAAGAAGCUCUCCUCUCUAAUGCCGAAUGGAACAACAAACGGUGGCAACAAGGAAGAAGACAACGAGAAUGGAGGCGGUGUGGACGACGAACCAGUUGUGGUGGUCGCCAAGAUGUGGGAGAACAGCAAGGUCACAGACUACGAUUCGUCCAAGGAGAAGGAGAACGACGGUGAGUCGGAGGCCGAUCUAGAGUCCAACAAGGGAGACUCCGCUCUCGACAGCAACGGGCUGCAGUCCGCAAAGGCGAACAACAGCAUCGCAUCGCCAACCAAACAGCAGCAGCAAAAGAAGAAGAAAUUUAAGUUUAGCGGCUUACUGAAGAAAAAGAGCUCAAAUUAGCACAAGAUCACCCAACUUAUGUUGUUCCUUUGUUGUAUGCUAUGUGACAUCUCCUUUUCUUUGACUAGCAACCCAUGCCUUCUAGUUUUCUGAGUCUCUCUUCCUCAUCAUGGUAAAGCAAGUGUUGGGUGUUUCAGAGAAUACAAAAGAGCCGGCCGACUGUAUUUACAGCCAUGCGUUUGUUUUCUUGCAUUUGUGUAAGUUGAGUGAUGAUGAUUCAUAAUGUAGUCAAUAGUGAUUGUAUUUAUUCAUACAUAUGCGGAUAUGCCCUGGUAAUUCUGUUGUACAUGGAACAAAGAAUUUCCAAAUCAAUGCAGUUUCUUGUUCUUUGUUGAA